GGUGAAAUCACAGCAGCGCAGAGGAGAGACCAAACAAGGAGGAGAGGAAAGAUGAGUGGAGCAGUGAGCGCUGAUCAGUGAGGUCUCCAGAGAGGAAGAGGAGAGAGGAGAGGAAGGAGAUGAGCAGGGAGAGGGGGCUGAGCAGCCAGCACUGAGAACAUCCAUCAGCUCAGGCAGCCAUGCUCUGAGCCCUGGAGCAGCAGGGCUACGCAGACACUGCACAGGCCCACCAUCAGGCCCGCCUCAGCCCAGCCACAAACACCGGGGCAGGGAAAAAAGAAGAUUCCCAUCACAUCAGCCGUGCAUAGGAACCAUGAGGACAGCCAGGAAGGGCAGCGUGGAGAUGCCUGCGUUUAUGCGGCAGCUGGUGAAAGAGACAGAGAAGAGGGUCAGCUCUUUCUUCAAAGGGGGCCGUGGAGGAGCAGCAGAGAGAGAGCAGCCAGGGGAGGGGGAGAAGGAGGAGGUCAUCCCCAGCCCCUACCUGGACCGGCCGGUCCUGGACAAGCUGGCAGAGGAGGGCUGCGCCCGCUGGGGCCUCACCUACGCCCUGGGAAGCAUGCAGGGCUGGAGGGCCAACAUGGAGGACUUUCACAACUGCGUGCCACAGUUGGGUGGAGAGCUGGCUGACUGGAGCUUCUUCGCUGUGUUUGAUGGCCAUGCAGGCAGCACGGUGGCACAGUACUGCUCCCAGCACCUUCUGGGUCACAUCCUGGCCACAGGUGGAAUGGGACCAGAGGACGACCCUGAAAAGGUGAAAGGAGCCAUCAUCGAGGGCUUCCUGCACACAGACAAGCACCUGCACUCUGUAGCACGUCGAGAAGGCUGGGAGAGGGGCGGCACCACCGUGGUGGCCACUCUCAUCUCACCAUAUUACAUCUACUUUGCCAACUGUGGUGACUCAAGGGCCAUGCUGUGUCGGUCUGGCCAGGUUUGCUUCUCCACUGAAGACCACAAACCUUACAGCCCUCUGGAGAAAGAGCGUAUUGAGAGUGCAGGUGGCUCUGUGACCAUCCAAAGGAUCAACGGUUCCCUGGCAGUGUCCCGUGCUCUGGGUGACUUCAGCUACAAGGGGGCAGAGAACCGGACGCCCAGCCAGCAGAUGGUGUCACCAGAGCCUGAGGUGUGUGUGGUGGAGCGCUCACCUGCAGAUGAGUUCCUGGUGCUCGCCUGCGAUGGGGUUUGGGACACCAUCAGCAACGAGGAGCUUUGCGCCUUCAUCCACAACCGGCUGCGUGUCUGCACUGACCUGAGGGACGUUUGCACUCAAGUCAUUGACCUCUGCCUCUAUAAGGGCAGCCUGGACAACAUCAGCAUCAUCCUGCUGUGCUUCCCUGGAGCCCCCCAGCUGUCAGCAGAGGCGUUACACCAGGAGGCCGAGCUGGAGGACCUGCUGGAGUCCAAAGUAGCAGAGAUCUAUGAUGAGCUGUGUGCGAAUGGGGAGGAUCCUGACCUGCUGUCUGUCCUCACCGUCCUGGCAUCCACUGUCAUCCCUGGAUUACCACCAGGUGGAGGCAUACAGAGCAAAAGGAACUGCAUUAUUUCUGCUUACUAUCAACAAAGAGAGACACACAAGCCCACACUGCCAAAUGGCCUCGGAGGCUCCUGAGAAGUCCAGCUGGAUUCUGUCUCCAAGGAUCGAUGGAGGGACUGUAAUUAAUGUCAAUAUUAAAACUGUUUUCUUCACGUGUGCAAUUUGACAAAAAGGGAGAUGAUUAACAGACAGGGAUGUUUGUUUACAUCGUGCCAGCAAGCAGCAUCUCGUCAUAACAAAUAAAAUGUAAAAAUAGAUCUAAUAAAGCCUGAUACAUUUUAUAUUUCUACAUGAAGGACAUUUUGUAAAACGUACUCAGAGAAACUGAUCCAGCAACAAACCUCUGCCUCAUAUUCAGUGAAGAGAUGAUACAGACAAUAAUUUCAAAUGAUACAAUGAAUAACAGCCAACUGUGAAAUUGUACAUAUUCGCUGAAUAAAAUAAGGUACAUGAGUAUAUGUAGUAUUAUAUUUUAAAGAUGAUGUUUUAAAAGUAGAUAUAAUAAAUAAAUAAUAGAAAUAAUGAUCAAAUAAUUAUUUAAAGUUUUUUUCAAUUUCCUCUGCAGGAAGGGAAAAUGAAGCUAUAGCUAAAAGUUCCAUUCAUUUCAACAGGGAGCGCUAACAGCGCUAACAACUGGCCAGCCGAUGGGAACGCAGAAACACAUCUUUUCCCCUCGUGGUCGAAAGUGACAGGCAAACAAACACAGGUUAAAAAUUUAAUUGUACUAAUUAAAUCUUAACACAUACACGUACACUUAGUCAAGAAAAAAUACAUUUCACUCAUAAUUUGCACUCUUUUUGAAGAGGUGUUUACUUUUUGUUUUAUUUUAAACAUGCAGAACAAAGUCCAUUUAGUAGAAGUGACAUUUGGGAAAUUAGUUGUUUGUUAAAAUUAUUGAUAGUGAACAAUUGUGCAUGAUUGUGACCAAAAACUGAUAGUGUCCAAAUAUUGGCCAAGCAUCCUAAAAUCUGUAUUGACUGACCAAUGAAAACAUAUUUUACAUGAAUCAUUUCUACAUGUACACAUUUAUUUUAUUUUAUUUUAUUUUAUUGCAGUUCUCUCUAUAUAUUAGCCAUAUUUCUAAACACAUUCUUCAGUUCAGUGCAUGUGAAAUGUAUUUUUCCAUUAGUUGGACGAUAUGAUGAUAUGUACUGUGCUGCCUUAUUUAUCUUUUUAUAUAGCUGAUAAAACAAACAGCAUCAGAACGGGUCACUUUCAGGAUGGGUCAUUUUACCUGCAUCAUUCUGCAUUGUUACAUUAUUUCAGUGAGUAAUUUUCUGUGUAUAGACGUGACAUGUUAGACGUCAUGAUUGUUUUGAACCUAAAUAAAGAAUAUU